CCUUGGAUUGUUGGAGGUCGCCCCAGAACAAAACUAAGCGCGGGCGAGCUAGCGCACUUUCGGGGGUCAUAAAAAAUCACUUUUGCCCCGCCGCUUGUCUCUGCCCUCACCCACCGACAACUUUUCAAACACAACAUACAAAACAGCAGCGGUCACCUUACGGUCCCUCUGCUACUCCAAUACAACCAGUUCUCUCCCGACUACAGGCAGUGCCAGUAGUCUUUCGCACACCAAACCGCAAUCAUGGCUGACAAGGGUCUUGAGGACGUGCCUGAGGGCCAGAUCGAGUCCAACUACGAUGAGACCACCGACUCGUUCGACAACAUGAACCUGAAGGCUGAGCUCCUCCGUGGUGUCUACGCCUACGGUUUCGAGCGCCCUUCUGCUAUCCAGCAGCGCGCCAUCAUGCCCGUCAUUAAGGGCCACGAUGUCAUCGCGCAGGCUCAGUCCGGUACGGGUAAAACCGCUACCUUCUCGAUCUCCACCCUCCAGAAGAUCGACUCCUCCGUCAAGGCCUGCCAGGCUCUUAUCCUCGCCCCUACCCGCGAGUUGGCCCAGCAGAUCCAGAAGGUCGUCAUCGCCAUCGGUGACUUCAUGGACAUCUCCUGCCACGCCUGCAUUGGUGGUACUUCCGUCCGUGACGACAUGAAGGCCCUCCAGGACGGUCCCCAGGUCGUCGUCGGUACUCCCGGCCGUGUCCAGGACAUGAUCCAGCGCCGUGUUCUUAAGACCGACUCCAUGAAGAUGUUCGUCCUUGACGAGGCCGACGAGAUGCUGUCCCGCGGUUUCACCGAGCAGAUCUACGAUAUCUUCCAGCUUCUGCCCCAGUCCACCCAGGUCGUUCUCCUGUCCGCUACCAUGCCCCAGGACGUCCUCGAGGUCACCACCAAGUUCAUGCGCGACCCCAUCCGUAUCCUCGUCAAGAAGGACGAGCUUACCCUUGAAGGUAUCAAGCAGUUCUACAUUGCCGUCGAGAAGGAGGACUGGAAGCUCGAUACUCUCUCCGACUUGUACGAGACCGUCACCAUCACCCAAGCCGUCAUCUUCUGCAACACCCGCAGGAAGGUUGACUGGCUCACCGACAAGCUCACUGCCCGUGACUUCACUGUCUCCGCCAUGCACGGUGACAUGGACCAGGGCCAGCGUGAUGUCAUCAUGAAGGAGUUCCGUUCCGGAUCUUCCCGUGUCCUCAUCGCCACUGACCUCCUCGCCCGUGGUAUCGAUGUCCAGCAGGUUUCCCUGGUCAUCAACUACGACCUUCCCGCCAACCGCGAGAACUACAUCCACCGCAUCGGUCGUGGUGGACGUUUCGGACGAAAGGGUGUUGCCAUCAACUUCGUCACCGCUGACGAUGUCCGCAUGAUGCGCGAGAUUGAGCAGUUCUACAGCACACAGAUCGAGGAGAUGCCCAUGAACGUGGCUGACCUCAUCUAAACAGCUGUUCCUUGCUUUCCAAUCACUGUCCUCCAUCCCCACUCAGUAAAUCGAGUGGUGCGACUGGCAUAGACGCGGUGGUGAUUAAUUCGGACGCGCCUGCGAGAUCAGGCGUGCUUUGUUGAUUCGGCACAAAAGCGAUAAGUGGGACGAGCGGUCGUCUACCCAUCGCGGCAUCUUGGCGUUUGUCCUUUUCAUGUGCGAAAUGAUUUCCCCAAAAGAAUGUUUCUUGCAGAUGAUAGAGACGUCAGUUGGCUGGGAUGUUUUUCUAUGCAAUCUACUGUUUCUUAGCUAUUUCUCAUGGGCUUUUUUGUUCUCCGAGGAUGUGCUACGAUCGAUCGAGGCAUGCCCGCGCGAUGGAAUACGCUUCCCGUGGUCACGCUUGUCUACGAUAACGAUCAUGAGUUUCCUUUCAUAUAGAGAUGCAGUUCAAUUGCAUGAUAGUCACUGAAAAGUUCCCUGUUCUGA